AUGGAGCAUGUAUCGACGCUCUGUGCGAUUAGCACCGUCGGUAUCGCGGCCACCGGCUUUGCGCUCGGUCGCGCUGAGCGAGCGCAAUUUCUGGAGCCGCAACACGCUCCUUUACCAGCCACGUAUACGACACCUCUUUUCUUUCAAAACAACGACUCAAGACCCUCUAAAACGUUUGCAACGGCCGAAACUGAAUCCCCGGUCACUGCUGCUAGUUUCUCGGAAGCUCGAGAGAAUGCCGCUCUUUACACGGAACAAACUGAAGAUGGGAUUUUUGCGCGCAGAAAAACAUCAUUUGCUGGAGUAAGAUUGCGGCGCCGUGGACAAACCCUUACCUUGCCGCCUCUACGAACCGACGAUAAUACACCAACUUCCUCACAUACCCGACGACCCUCAUCUUCCUGGAUUCGGCGGUUAUCAUUCCAGCCAGAUAAACGUUUCUCACUCCAGACGCCAGACUCUCCGUCGUUCCCAGAACCAGCCAGCCCAGCCUCCUCCUCGUCCCGCCCCUCCAGCCAACGCAGAGCACCCAACAAGCUCGUGAAGCGGCCGAAAUCUCAGCAUUCAAAUGCGAACCCUUUCUUCGCACACACGGUGUCUUCCCCUUCGUUUCCCAGCGCGCUACGCAGACCCGCAACAAGUUAUCAACGAUCGGAGACUUCCAAACACAAGGCAACUCACAGUUUAAGCUUUGAACCUAGCUUGGCUUUGAACACCGUUUUGGAGCCCACGAGCAAACCCCCUGGAAAUGACGACUGGAGACCAUAUAUAUCGCCAAGCUCUGAUACGCUUUCCGAGCGAAUGACUCGUAGGUUUUCGACGGCGACGAAACCCAGGGAUCCAAGUGUGCGGCGCAUUCUUCCGCAUACCGAUACUGCUCCAACCCUUCUCCUCGCGACCUCAAUCGCGAAGAAAGAGACCGCAACGGAAGUCGCGAUAGACCCGUCAGUCGAGUUUCGUGACCCGUUCAAGGAAAGCCCACAAAAUCCCGAGAAGCCAUUGGGGGAGCAGGGUCAAUCGCCACCUGAAGAACCAUGUCCAAAGUCGCCAGCAGAUGAUGCAGCGCCAUUGGAUAUUAGAGUGUUUCGUAACGGAUCAUUUGCAGGACCGAAGCGGAGAGCAGCGUCGACCCCUCUACCCAACAUGCCUAAUGUAGAAGGGGCUAUCUGGGUUUCCCCGCGAGCCCCCGGAAGACGUAACAUUACCGAUCCCAACGUCUUCAGGCGGCCGCCGACCACGUCGGACGUUGAUAUCUUCAGCUCGGGUAUCGUGGGCCGAAAAUCUAAGGUGGUUUCGUCUUAUCGCAAAGAGUAUUCGGCUGAUUUAGGCUCAUUUCGUUAUCGAGACGUCAGCCGUCAUACUUCAACUGACUUGUAUUCCUUGAGGGGCUCCCUUCGUCGGCGACCUAAACGCCAUUCUCUUGCUGCUUCGGACCCGGCAUCAACUGUCAUUGGCUCUGACGACACCCGAAUAUUCACCUCUGGUGAUGAGGAUGACACCGACUUUUUGAGCGACACCGCGUUCGACUCGAUUCGCACCCAUAUGACCACUGACAGUUCUUGUUUUCAGUCACCUCGGAUCGAAACUAUCUUUGACAGAACAUUCCCUCCAGAGAUCGUUGAUGAGCCGCCCGCAAGGCAAACCCUACCCGGCUCUUUCGUUCGCCCAUCGAUUCAACCUAGCAACCUUGAGUCGCAACGGGAAGCGCCAUUGACUCUAGUCACGCGAAAUCUUGCAGAAGUCCAUGAAGGAGACAGUCAAAUAUCGUUUCCCUCUGACCUGAGUGAUGACGAAGAUUCUCAAAGCAUGGUCGCCUCGUUGCCGGGGGACAAAACUAUCCGCCCUUCACUGGCACUAGCAAAUUUCGGCGCAAUGUCUUUGGGAAACAACGAAGAACUUAAUCAUUCAAAUACACCAAAUUUGGCGGCAUUAAUGGAUGAGUGUCAAGAUGCGUCUCGAGAUACAUCUCCGAGGAUGAAUAUCUUUGACUGGUCCGAGCAGUCAAGGGCUGACCGCGAGGGCUCCGGGCCCGAUGGGCGUCCGCGAACUGUACAUGGGAAACAUGGUCCUGCUGGCAUUCGUGGCAGUCGAGCCACUGGGCGGAAAGCGCCCAAUACCUUGCAUUAUCGAAGCCAGAGUGUCCCGGUUGCGAGGGAACCCGUCGUUCUUCACAACGAGUCCCGGCAAACAUCAGGCAAAUUUGGAACUUGGGGAUUGGGUAGCAAAGGCGUCAGUGAAGACUGGGACAGUGACUUUGAGUUUGAAGACAACAAGGAAGAGACUACAAUGAGCGAGAAUGUGAAACCGAACAAAGAGACGAACCGUCAAAGCGUGGUGGUACCUCAAGCAAUCAUGGAGCGCCAAGCUAGCCUCCAUGGGCAAUUCGGGCAGGUUCAAGAACUGACUCUAUUAGUUGAGGAGCUUAAGCGGCUCCGGCAUCAAGCAAGCUUCCUGAACAUUGUCCGGGGCCCGUCAAGUGAGCUCUGGAAAGAAGCUGAAGGAAUCGUCGACCUAGCAACACUUGACGACGAUGACGACAACGAUGGCAGCCACUCACCCCCUCGAUCUCCGACCUCGCUCACUUUCAGCUUCGAUGACUCUGAAGUCGAGUCUUCCAAUAUGAACAAUGAUCCUUGGAAGCGUGCCAGCGGCGAGUCCUGGAGAGCGUCACUCUCGGAAAACACGGCCGCCCGCGCAACUACCUCGUUUGGGCCAGAUCUAGCUGUGCUGUCUACCAAAACAAAUUCUGUCUUAGAUCUGAUCUAUCACCAGCGUCUCUCUCAGGACCCCACUGUUAUGAAUCCUUCUCACCUUCCACGGUCAAAGAAACUCCCUUUUGACACGCAGUCUUUACGGGACCUUGUGGUCCGGGCCGGUGUUGUAACCCGUGCACUCAAAGAAGUGGUCCGAAAAGCAGAAGGGGUUACGAAUGGCUCCGAAGAAAACACACGCCCAUCCCAUCCGCCAUUCAGCCGCAUAUUCGAGCAUCCUUCACAUGACGAUCUUUCGAAUUUUGAGACAUCCUGCGUUAGUUGA